UCUGGUCUGCAGGUAGGCUAGUCGCACCACUCUCAGCUCUACCCGGCCUCUCCCCUUCGCCUCUGGACCCCCCUGCCUGAAGCCAGCCGUCCCUCCUGCGGCCUGCGGGACCUGAACGCCACCAUGUCCCUCCUCACCUCUCCUGCAGCCUUAGUCUUCCUCCUCUUCCUCCUCCUGCCGCUGCCGCCCUGCCAGCCGGAGUCCCAGCGCAACGAGCCCAGUGCUGAGCCCGAAUGGGCGUCGCCCGGGCCCUCGGGGGUCCCCCCCUCCUUCCCCCCCUCCCCGUAUUACGGAAACAGCACGGGAAUCGGAGUGAUAGACAAAUGUGACAUGGAGACCGAGUGCAAGCCCGGCAUCCUGCUGCCCGUCUGGAAGCCCGACAAACCUGAACUCGGUUACCAGGUGGCCAGGGCCGUGGUCUACUUUGUGUCCCUUAUGUACAUGUUCCUGGGAGUGUCCAUCAUCGCAGACCGCUUCAUGGCGUCCAUAGAGGUCAUCACAUCCCAGGAGAAAGAGGUGACCAUAACGAUGCCCAACGGGGAAACAUCAGUGGCGACGGUUCGAAUCUGGAACGAGACGGUCUCCAACCUGACCCUCAUGGCUCUGGGCUCGAGCGCGCCGGAGAUACUGCUGUCCGUCAUAGAGGUGUGCGGCCAUGACUUUGAGGCCGGUCAGCUGGGGCCGGGCACCAUCGUCGGCAGCGCCGCCUUCAACAUGUUUGUGAUCAUCGGGAUCUGCGUGUGGGUCAUCCCCACCGGGGAGUCGCGCAAGAUCAAACACCUCCGGGUGUUCUUCAUCACCGCCUUCUGGAGCAUCUUCGCCUACAUCUGGCUCUACCUCAUCCUGUCCGUCAUCUCCCCGGGAGUUGUGGAGGUCUGGGAGGCGCUGGUGACCCUGCUCUUCUUCCCGGUGUGCGUCCUCCUGGCCUGGAUAGCCGACCGCCGCCUGCUGUUCUACAAGUACAUGGGCAAGCGUUACCGUGCCGACAAGCGCCACGGCAUCGUCGUGGAAACCGAGGGCGACCUGACUCCCAACAAGGGCGGCAUGGAGAUGAUCGCAGAUGGCAAGUUCCCACCUGGCGGGAGCGCCGUGGCUCCUGCUGAGAACUGCGGCGCUCAGGACGCCGGCGGGGCGGCGGGAGCCACGGCGACAGGAGGCGGGGCCAACCUACCCACCUCCAACAGCGCCAUGGUCAACAUGGAGAGCAACAAGGAGCUCGACGAGAGCCGCAAAGAGGUGAUUCGCAUCCUUAAGGAGCUGAAGCAGAAAUAUCCCGACAAAGAGCUGGACCAGCUGGUGGAGCUGGCUAACUACUACGCCCUGCUGCACCAGCAGAAGAGCCGAGCCUUCUACCGCAUUCAGGCGACCCGGAUGAUGAUCGGCGCCGGAAACGUCCUGAAGAAGCACGCCGCCGACCACGCACGGCGUGCGGUUGUGGUGGACGAGGAGGCGCCGGAGGAUGACGACCUGGGAAUAUGCAGCCGCAUCUCGUUUGAGAGCGCGCACAGCCAGUGCAUGGAGAACUGCGGCGUCCUGACGCUGACCGUCGUCUGUCAAGGAGGCCUGGGAGAGAACACCUUCUACGUGGACUACCGGACCGAAGACGGGUCGGCUAACGCCGGGUCAGAUUACGAUUACAGCGAGGGAACGCUGGUGUUCAAGCCUGGAGACACUUCUAAACAGAUAAAGGUUGGUAUAAUUGAUGACGACAUCUUUGAGGAGGACGAGCACUUCUUCGUCCGUCUGCUCAACCUGCGAGUGGGCGACGCCGAGGGCAUGUUCGAGAGCGACGACGCGGGCGCCGCCCCCAAGGCCCGCCUGUUGGAGCCCCUGGUCGCCACGGUCACCAUCCUGGACGACGACCACGCCGGCAUCUUCACGUUCGGCGAGCGCCUGGUGCGCGUGAGCGAGAGCGUGGGCACCAUGGAGGUGACGGUGGUGCGCAACUCGGGCGCCCGCGGCACCGUCAUCCUGCCCUACCACACCGAGUGCGGCAGCGCCAAGACGGGAGAGGACUACGAGGAGGCCCGGGGAGAGCUGGAGUUCACCAACGACCAGACCACUCAGACUCUCCAGGUGAGGAUCAUUGACGACGAGGAGUACGAAAAGCAUGAGAACUUCUUCAUCGUGCUGGAGGAACCCCGCUGGCUAAAGAGAGGAAUCUCAGCUCUGCUGCUCAACCAAGACGGGUCGGAGGGGCAGAUGAGUGCUGAGGAGGAGGAGGCCCGGAGGAUAGCUGAGAUGGGGAAGCCCAUCCUGGGGGAGCACAGCCGGCUGGAGGUGGUCAUUGAGGAGUCCUAUGAGUUCAAGAGCACUGUUGACAAGCUCAUUAAGAAGACCAACCUGGCGCUGGUCAUCGGCACGCACUCCUGGAGGGAGCAGUUUGUGGAGGCGGUCACUGUCAGCGCAGGGGACGGCAACGAUGACGAGGAGGGCCGUGAGGAGCACCUCCCGUCCUGCUACGACUACGUCAUGCAUUUCCUCACCGUCUUCUGGAAGGUCCUGUUCGCCUGCGUCCCCCCCACCGAGUACUGGAACGGCUGGGCCUGCUUCAUCGUGUCCAUCAGCGUGAUCGGCCUCCUCACCGCCGUCAUCGGCGAUCUGGCGUCACACUUUGGAUGCACGGUGGGGCUGCGGGACACGGUGACCGCCGUGGUGUUUGUGGCUCUGGGAACGUCCAUUCCAGAUACUUUUGCCAGCAAAGUGGCGGCCGUCCAGGACCAGCACGCCGACGCGUCCGUGGGCAACGUCACGGGCAGCAACGCGGUCAACGUGUUCCUGGGCAUCGGCGUGGCCUGGUCAGUGGCCGCCGUGUACUGGCGGGUCCAAGGACUGGAGUUCCGGGUGGAUCCGGGGUCCCUGGCCUUCUCGGUCACGCUCUUCACCAUCUUCGCGUUCAUCUGCAUGGGCGUGCUCCUGUUCAGGCGCAGGCCCUCCAUCGGCGGAGAGCUGGGAGGCCCGCGGGUGUCCCGCAUCCUGACCAUCCUGCUGUUCUUCGGCCUGUGGUUCCUCUACAUCCUCUUCUCCAGCCUGGAGGCCUACUGCCACAUCAAGGGGUUUUAAAAAAAAAGGGAGAUGCUGAAUGUUCCAGAAGAAUAUUGCACAGCAAACACACACAGCCUACGUACUUUAACCCCUCGGUCCACGCGUCCACAGUUCGAAACGUUCAGCAGGGCUCACUGCGGCCUGGA